AUGGCAUACAAUGAACAUUUAAUAAGAAGUUCCAGUACCCAUUCACGGUACCCAUUCCCGGUACCCAUUCCCGGUACCCAUCCUCAGUACCCUUCCCCGGUACCCGUCCUCAGUACCCGUACCCAGUACCAUUUCCCUGUACCCGUCCUCAGUACCCGUAGCCAGUACCCUUCCCCGGUACCCGUCCUCAGUACCCGUACCCAGUACCCUUUCCCGGUACCGAUCCCUAGUACCUGUACCCAAUACCCAUCCUCAGUACCCGUCCUCAAUACCCGUACCCGGUAUUCAUCCUCAGUAUCUGUACCCAGUACCCAUCCUCAGUACCCGUACCUAGUACCCAUUCUCAGGACCCGUACCCAGUACCCAUCCUCAGUACCCGUACCCAGUACUCGUCUACAGUGCCCAUCCUCAAUACCCGUACCCAAUACCCAUCCUAAGUACCCGUACCCAGUUCUCGUCUACAGUACCCGUCCCCGGUAUCCAUCCUCAGUACUCGUACCCAGGACCCAUCCUAAGUACCCGUACCCAGUACUCGUCUGCAGUACCCGUCCCCGGUAUCCAUCCUCAGUACUCGUACCCAUUACCCAUCCUCAGUACCCGUACCAAGUACCCAUCAUAAGUACCAUUCCCCAGUACUCGUACCCGGUACCCUUCCCCAGUUCCCAUCCUCAGUACCCGUACCCAGUACCCGUCUCCGGUACCCAUUUCCAGUGCCAUCCCAAUACCCAUCCCCGGUACAUAUCCUAA